AUGGAAGUAACACGUUCAAAUUUCCAACAAGUUUUAAGCGAGCUUGAUCAGGUGCUGAAAGAUGCAACAUUUUUGGCAAUUGAUGGAGAAUUCACAGGAUUAAAUUCUGGACCUGAUGCUAAACCUUUUGAUACUCCGUCUCAAUAUUAUCAAAAGUUAAAAUCGGGUUCAAUGGAUUUUUUGCUUGUACAAUUUGGUCUGUCAGCUUUCACAUUUGAUGUACAAACGAAUAAGUACAGUCAAAGAUCUUACAAUUUUUACGUAUUUCCAAGACCAUUUAACAGAGCGGCUCCAGAUUGCAGAUUUAUGUGUCAAGCAUCGUCAAUUGUAUUUUUAGCAUCUCAAGGGUUUGAUUUUAAUAAAUUAUUCAGAGACGGUAUACCUUACUUAACAACUAGUGAUGAGGAGAAAUUAACGAGUAACACCAAAAUCGAAGAAUUCAUGAGUUCCAAUGAGGAAGAAACAAUGUUAAAUAGAUGCAAUGCUUACAUCAGAAGGAUAAUCCAUCAAGAAGUAAGAUUACGGUGGCCUAAUAAAAUCAGAGUUGAAGGAAAAGUUGAUGGUGCAACACAGGGCUUGAUGGUUUAUAAAAUGGGUACCAAAGAGGAAGAAAAGAAAAAGGAAGAAGAAAGGCGUGAAAAAAAAAAAGAAGAAUUGAAGGAAGCUGUGGGUCUUAGUGUACUAUUGCGAAAAAUUGCUGACUCUAAUAAAUUGAUAGUUGGACAUAAUAUGCUUCUAGAUCUUUGUCAUAUAGUCCGUCAAUUUUUUGGUCCACUGCCAGAUUCGUACAAAGAAUUUAAGUUACUGGUCCACAAUUUAUUUCCUAAUCUUAUAGACACUAAGGUACUCUCACAAGCACCUAACUUUAAGGAUAUUAUACCUUCAAGUGUACUGAAUUAUAUGCUAGACACUGUGAGCAAAGCACCAUUUAAUCUACCCGAAAUAAUUCCUGUGGAAGAUCGAAGAGCAUCAGAAUCAACUCCAGUGCCAAUGGUGCUUCCUGGUUCAGAGUUAUUGAAGCCUUUCAUCAACAAAUUGACAAUGCUUAGAUUAAAAGACUUUUCUUUCAUAAAUCUCGUUGGUGCGGACCCUCAACCAAGCCGAAGUCAUGUAUUUCACGUCACAUUUCCAAAAGAAUGGAAAUUAAGUAACUUACAACAACUUUUUUCCCCAUUCGGAGGAGCUUUCAUAUCAUGGUUAACGGAAACAACAGCAUACGCAGGAUUGAAUUGUCGUGAAAGAGCUCCAGCAUUCCUUAAAAAAUUAAAGAAAAAAAAUUACCGCUUAGGAGGUGCCCAACUCCAAACUUAUACUCACCAUCAAGAUUCACUGGAAUCUUCAUCAGUAUCAAACAACGUAGAAGGAGGAAAAGGAGAAAAAGGAGAUCGAAAACGAAAGCGAAGAAAUAAUGACAGUGAAGAUGAUAAAAAACAAGAGGACAAUGGACCAAAAUAAAUUA